AUACAUCAGAGAAAUGCAGCAUUCCCGCCUUCCAAGCGUCUUCUACUCUUCUCUUCUUCUUCUUCCCAUGCGCGAUUCCGUCAGUAUCUCUGAUUUUUCUUUUCUUUCAACCCUCGAUCUCCUCUUUGGUUUUCCUCUCAUAAUUCUUUUUCCCUUUUUCGAUUACUUCUCGAAACAUCCAGAUUUCAGCUCCAGUAGAGUCACGCACACAUAUUCCAGGACCGUCUCCAGAGAGUCGCGGCCAUGGCGGGACUCAACAUGCCCCCCGAAAUUGUCCGUCUAACCCAAUUUGACGAGAAAACUAGCGAAGCAGCUCUUGACCUGCUGUACGCGAUGCUCCCUGGCCUCCUAGAGGAGGCCCAGCACUACGAGAUGUGGGGUAUCGACUUCACCAACGCCGAUGACGAGAACCGUUCCGCACCCCGCAGCAUUGUCCUCCAGAAGUUCCUCCGGGCCAAUAAAUUCAACGUCGUCAAGGCUGCUGCCCAGUUUCGCACGGUUCUUCGUUGGCGUAGGCAACAUAAUCCUCGAGCCUCGAGCCUCGCACAGGUCUACGAACGGAACAAGUUUGAAGGCAUUGGCUACGUCACGAGUCUCCGUGGUAACAUCCAGGCUAACCCCAUGGUAAUUACGUGGAAUCUCUAUAACCGUGUCAAGGACCUUGACGGUUUGUUUCGGGAUGAUGCCAGCUAUCAGGAGUUUCGAAUCGCUUUGAUGGAGCUUGCCAUCGACGAACUUGGAAUCAGUCAGGCCCGUGGUUAUACUCGGGUGGGGUGGAAGGACCAAUACAAGAUCAUCCAGGUCCACGAUUGCGCCGGCACCAAUCCAGCCCGUGUCUUCCGGAAGGUCAGAAAAGGACUAUGGAAUUUUGCCAACCUCUUCCAAGAGAUGUAUCCCGAUCUUUUGAAGUAUCACCACUUCGUCGAGCUUGGCUGGAACGACACCGUCGGGAUGAACGCCGGGUGGUUACUAGAUUCGGCCAUACGCGGGUCUCUCGGCUAUCGCAUUGGCCAUUUCAAAAUCACACGGAAACGUGAACAGGUAGCAAAAGAUAUUUUCCCGGAGUCAGAAGCGGGGUAUCUUAUUCUUCGUCGAUCUAUUCCUGUCGAGUUCGGCGGGGAUGCCGAUUCAGUCGGAACAGCGCGCACGGUUUUGCUCUCGGCCGUUGGGAAUCAGACACAGGGCGGGCAGGGGCAGGGGCAGGAACAGCAAAACGCGGAGCAAAAUCAAGAUCAACCUCAGGAUCCCCCAGGCUCAAACCCACAAGAGAACAAGGCACUGGCCAUUUUCCGGAACAUGUUUCGAAAAGCUCGAAGUCCGGUACAGCAAGACAACCAGGUGCUCCUUAACGUUCCGCCUCAAGGCCACGGUGCCGCAUCCGGUUGAUGAAGGUAUCGCGUGGGUGUCCUGAGAAGUCUGCUGGGAAGCAAAGCUACAAGGUCAGGUGUAUUGCGCUUUGGGGCAGUAGGAGGGGGGCUGGACUCGUGGAGGGUGUUGGCGUUGCUGGAGAUGAUGUAUAGCGGUACGACAAGGUUUGGGCUGGAGGCUGGCACAAAAUUAAGGUACCUAUCGAAUAGUACAGUCCGUACAGAGCGGAGGGGGGCAAGACCAAGG